UGCCACCAGUCAGUGUCCAUCAGUGCCAGCUGUCAGUGCUAAACAGUGCCACGUGCCAGUGCCCAUUAAUGCCACAUAUCAGUGCCUACCAAUGCACAUCAAUGCCACAUAUCAGUGGCCAUCUGAGCUGCCUUUCAGUGUCACCCAUCAGUGCCAGUCAGUGCCACCUAUCAGUGCCGCCUAUCAGUGCCAUGCCAGUGCCGCCCAUCAGUGCUGCCUUUCAGUGCCAUCAGUGAUGCCUGUCAAUGCUCAUCAGUGCCACCUAUCAGUGUCCAUCAGUGCAGCCUCAUUAGCACACAUCAGUGAA